CUCUGCUGGCACCGUAAACGCUAUUUAUGAAUCCCGAUCGCUCACGGGCGUGUGGACGCAAUUAAAACACUCGGAAUAAAACGACGCGGGGAAUUGAUUGUACGUAACGAUAUCUCCACACGCAACAUAACACUUUUUCGAUGGAGGUUUCAUAGAAAUGUAAUCGGACUCGACAUUCAGUCACUGGAAGAAAAAAAAAAACGGCAUCGGAGCAGACGAGCGGUACGGUGUUUUGCUUUUUUGAUACUAGGUCAACACACCCGAGACGCACAUUCUGUCCUGACACCGUGCGACCCGCUCAACUCCAAAUCGGUUAAUCCAUCCUAGCCGGUUCACCUCCGAACGGCAGCGGGUUCGACCAGGUGAGUUGUCGGGAGGGGACCGCUGCCUCCAAAAUGUCUUUGUGAUAGUGGGAGGGGCUACCUGUCCAUGAGGAGGAAAGGAGGAGGAGCCUCCAACUCUUAAGUCCCUCCCCGUCCUCCUGAAGACGGACCCAACGGACCGACACCUCCUAGGUCACACCUCUUUCCCUCCCUCCUUCCCCUCCUCCUCCUUCUCUCCCUUCUCUCUCCUUCUCCCGUCCGUUCUCCCCCCUCGGCCCGGUCUCUCCGCCCCCCCCCCCCCCCACCCCCCCACCCCCCCGGUCCCUGCCACCAUGCCAUGGUCCCACUUCUGGUGGUGGAGGGGUUGUGGAGCCAGACUCUGAGAGGGAACGCCGCCCAUCCUGGGGACAUCUACCUGUCCCGGCUGGACCCUAAAAACUUAACACAUUGCUGUUCCCCAGAUGGCUUGAUGCCAGAAAGCAGCUGUUGGCAGCUGUGCCCUCCCUCCAAACCUGGCCUGCAGGGGGGGUUACUGAGUUCCAGUUUCCCCCCUGGCCCUGUGCCCCUCAUGCCCCAGGACCCACACCUCCAAGAGGGGGGAGACCCCUUGGAUCCGUCCCCUCCGUUCCCCCAUCAGCACCCUGCCCUGGCGCCCAGCGCCUCCGCCUCUCAGCUGUCUCUCCCCGGAGCGGUGGCGGCCCCGCCCGGGCCCGGGCCCCCCCCUCCCCCGCCCCCGCCGCCCAAGCGCCACUGCCGCUCGCUCUCGGUGCCCGAGGACCUGUCGCGCUGCCGCUACACGUGGCGCCCCAGCGCCUCGCGGGUCUGGACCCCCGUCAGCCGCCAACAGUACCACGGCGGCGUGGGCAUGGCCGGGGGCGGCGCCAUGGGCGGGGGGGGCGCGGGCAUGGGGGGCGGCGGCGCGGCGGGGCCCUGCCCGCUGCGCGCGCCCAGCUCCUCCCUGAACUCCUCGCUGCACUCCUCGUCCAGCCCCACCUUCUUCAGCCUGGCGCUGUCCCCGGACUCCCCGCUGCCCUGGAGCUUCCCCUGGGACCCCAGCGAGGCAGCGGGCGGCGGCGGCGGCGCCUGCUGCUGCUUCUUCCCCUCGCCGUCGUCCUGCUCCUCGUCGCCCUCGCCCCUGCACCCGCCGCCGCCGCCGCAGAGGCGCUUCUCCCUCUCCCCGGUGCUCAUCCGCGACUCGGCCGCCUCCACCGCCUUCCUCCCCCCGCCGCCGCCCGUGCCCUGCCACGCGGCCGUCGGGCCCCCGCCCCCGGCCGGCUGCCACACGGCGGCGGCGGCGGCGGCGGCGGCAGCGGCGGGGCCCCGGGCGUGCCCGGCGGUGCCCGCCUCGCCCUCCUCGGCCUGCAGCACGCCGUCGUCCCUGCGCCGCGCUCUGCCGCCGCAGCUGCCCCGCUGCCACUCCCAGCCCUGCGACCUGCUGCUGCUCAAGCCCGGCCUGAAGCGGCGCCGCGACCCCGACCGGCCCUGCGCCCGGCCCGUGCUGGACUUCACCAAGAUGACCCAGACGCGUAGCAUCGACCCCCACUGUUUGGAGCGAGGCGGGGGCAGGCUGGCCUGCGGCGGGGACAUAUGCAUGGGCCUGGACCCCUUCCUGGGAGACUUCCGGGGCUCCUGCUCCCCGGCCGAGGGCCUGGGCCGGACCAGCAUCGGCCCGCUCAGCGAGAGCGACGAAGAGUGCGGGGAGGAGGACGACGAGGAGGAGGACGACGACGACGGCGGCGGCGGCGCGGUGGACAAAGGGGAGCGCGAGGCCGCCCUGCAGGCCGUGUUCGAAAGGGAUUGUACAGAACUGGACUUGAACAUGAUCGAGGAGAACUGACCCUCGUCUUUGUAUAUUGGAAGGUCUUUUACUUUGGUUCCUUUCUUCUUCUUCUACUUCUUCUUCUGUUUCGCCGAGUAUAAGUUAUCGCCUCCUCCCCGCUCCCGUUCCUUUUUGGUUUCUUUUCCUCCUCUGUGAAUCACAUCGCGCAAAAAAAAACAAAAAACACUCGAUUCCCCCCCGGGGUCGCACCAGGGUGAUCCGCAUAACGCCAAUCAGCAGGGCUCUCAGGAACAACGCCUUCUCUCAUUGGAUGAGCUGGAGUUAACCGCGGCUGAUUGAUGACAACGGUUAUGAUUUGACUACCGCCACCACCACCACCACCAUCGUUAAACUCAGUGCUGGGUCUUGGCGUUUGUAAACCCCCUGGGAGCCGCCCGUGAAAGAGAUGGUAAAUAAUAGCCAGGGCUUAGAGACGUAAAGAACACCGGUCAGCUUAUACGUUCAACAUUAAAUGAAUACCUUGACAUUUGAGAAUCUCGUCGCAUUAAUUUUUUGGCUGAAUUAGUGUCACAUGAGGACUGGCGAGUCAAAGCUUGCUUUUCUGUGAUUUACCUCGAAAAACGUCACCCUGGUAUUGUUUUUCGGGAAUUGUAGAAUGACAAAUUGAGACCAAUUCGAGGAACCGCGGCUGUCGGUCGAAUGGCGGCAUGGCGUUUUGUUUCCUAAUGUUGCAGACGAGUUCACAUCGUCAAGGUUUCCAUUUAAUAAUUAGUGGUGGUUGGUGUCCAGUACUCGUGGACGCUACCACACUCCGGCUAGUCACCAGACUGCACUGUUACCCUGUCGUAUUCUCCAGUAUCGCCAUGCCACCGACCUUACGAAGUAAGCCUAGGAAAACCCUGACACACCCCAUUACAGAAUUCAUCAAAAUGCUGCAGAUGAAACCUAAACCUCCAGGCCACAUAGUGCACUUACUAUUCAAUUAAACGUGUCAGGUGCUUAGUUUUUUUUAUUGAAACUUAAAAGAACUGGGUAUGCUAUAUCAAUUAGCGUGGUAAUCGGUAAGAGAAAUUCUCUUUUAAGAAGCAUGUGACGUAACGUAUGUAUGCACAGUCCUUACAAAAAAAUAAUAAAGUGCAUACGCAUUAACGCGUCAAAUAAAACUAGGUUAAUUUAAGAUUUGCAUGACUGUAAACUGAUAGCUGAAGCUAGCACUAAAAUGACGGACGUCAAUGAAAGUUGACAUCACAGCACUAGCAUAAAUGACAGGGGUAGAUAUUAUGUAAGGUGUAGUCCCUUAGGUUCAGAGCAGAGCCCAUACCACCACAGUCUUAAUAGGUUAUCUUGCCAAUAUCUGAAAUGGUGUUUGCCAGAUCACACCAGUAGUGCUUAUAGGUUUGAACCUUCACAAUUGCUAGAAUCCUGCCCAUAACAUAAAACCAGAUGAUCUUCAUUAUUCCCAUACAGGAAAUAAGGGGAAUCAGGACUGCAUACCAGGUGGGAUAACUGGAGGAAUAAUAUUAUAAUUAGUAUAAUAAUUAUUGGUAUACAAAUUAUAAUACCAAAUCAACAGUAAGCAGGUUUUCUGGACGAAGAACUUGAUGGGUAAAGGCGUUGGCAUGGCGAUACCUGGGAUAGCGUUGCAGUUUGGUAAGACCCAACAAGGCCCCACUGAGUACAGGUAGUCACUGACGCUGUUGUUCCAUGUGAGUGUACACACAUUCCUUUACCAGUAGCUCCCAAACAGUGCUGUUGAAAAAGUCUGGAUGGUGCAAGCGGCUGCUACAUUCAUUUACAGUGUGUGUGUGUGUGUGUCUGUCCUACUCGUCAAACUGAGCAGAGCCCUGAUUUCUAGAAUCCCCCCUCACCCUAAGUCAUCGCUUUAGCCCUAACCCUGCUAUUGAACCCAAAUGAACACCCCUAACCAAAACACCACAAAUAUGAACAUGAUUCAAUUGACUAAAAACCAAUCUUGACGCUAUCAAAUUAAUGUUCCAUCACUCGAUCCCCAAGAUGAGCUGAAACAAUAGCUAGACGUAGCCAAAUAGCUUGAGAUGGAUUGCUUUAUCGCACAGCCAUGGUUAUCAGUCAAUGAAAGAUGCUUUGCAUAGUUACAGAAAUCCACAGUACUGAAAAUGUCUUAAGCAGGAUGAUGAAAUGCACAAAUCAAUCAUAUGAGAGAGCUCUUCUGCACUAAAACCAUGUGUUGGCCCCCACCACAUGGAAAGUAAAACCUCAUUAGGAAUCAAAUGGAUGAACAUGGCUGUGUUGUUGAGUCAUAGCCCCCCCCCGAAACAUCCUUAGAAGUAUUUUUCAAUUUGAAAUUGAGAUUUCAUUGAUAUCUGCCACCAGCUCUAAACAUGUUUCUGCAUUAUUUAUUUAUUUGCAAACUUGCAUAGAAAAGCAGUUUCUGUCCUCACUUGCAGAAGUGAUUUUUUAGCUUGAGAAAAUAAAAGUAUACAGGAAUGCUCCGAAUAUACAUACUGUCUGUUCUUGGAGAGGUACAACGAGAGGACUUCCAUAUACUUCAUUUCAGCAUUGUUGCAUUGGAUUGGAUACAACUAUCUACUAAACAUCUGACAUAUGGCUACCUGUUCUGAAACAUUGGAGCAGGUUGAAUAAGUUAAAAACGCAGUGGGAACUCUUUCGGCCUUAUACCUCGUUACUAUGCCAGUCGGCUAGCCACAGGGAAACUGUCUAGUGGUAUUUAAACAGUAGGGCAGUAGUGGGACAUCCUAACUGCAGCGAUCAUCCCACCUACGGACGAGGCAGGAUUCAGCAGAGUAGUCCUGGCUGUCUUACAUAGACGAUACCUUCUCCGCAGCCAAGGGGCAUACAAACCUCUGUGACCCAGUGUUUAAAAGGUUGACUUCCGGCGGGAGCCCCCCCCUUUAUCGCCCCCCCCCCCACACACUGAUAACAAAGCUCAGAUGUUUUAUUGCAACCAACCCCUUCCCUGGUGGUUUUUGACAUGACACACAUGAGCUCCAGUUUGAAUGCUACCACAAUGUUGAUGCAUUCUGUUCGCUACCAUCUGAUAGUUACCUGAGUGCAACACAGUGUCUGAACACCACAAUCUUCUUUUCUGGGGAAGACUGAGUAGAGACGGUGUGUACAGAACCAAGUGAUGGAGGCUGACGCCAUUAGACUCAACACAUAUUGUAUUUAUAUUUACAGGCUGAGGGCCAGACCUGGGGCUGAGUGGAUUCAGGGAUUCCUAGGCCCAGGGUUUCUGUUCCGCCUGGGGCAUACUCUUGUUUAGAUACAAAAGAAGAAUAUUAAAAUGCAUGUUCAAAAAGUCAAAUUCAAGAAAAAUUAUGAAAGAUUACUUUUCUGAUCUACUGUCAACUACGUUUUCAAAAAGAUUAUGGGUGGAAAAAAAUAAACGUUACCAGAUUUUCAAAUAAUU